GACUUGAGUACCUGCUCGUGGAGUAGACCAUGUGAUUAGCAAAAGAAACAGGGGAACCAACGAGAGGUAACAUCGAGAAGUAAACACCCGUUCAAGCUUUUGGAAAACCCGCGAGGCGAGCCAGUGAAAAAGCGUAGAUGUGAAGCAAAACAACUGCAAGAACGAGAAGUGGGUGGCAGCGAAAGAAAAAGAAAGAAAAAAAGAAAAAAAGAAAAAAAAAAAAAAAGAGGGAGAACAGGAAGCAAAUCCAGCUACACAGAAAAAGUGUCGAGGUUACCUAUGUGUAGCCGAAUGAGAUCCUGCGUGCAAAAUCGUUUUGCAAGGAGCAGGCAUUGCUUCAUGGCGCAGAAAAGAAUGUUGAAAACCUAAAUGUGAGUAGGGUGAAAUGAAGCAACUCAUAUUUCGACAAGUCGCCUUCAACUGCUCCUCAACUUACUCCUCGGCCUUCUCCCAUCCUUCCCCAAUGCUGUGCUACCUGCUUCUUUGGCUCCGCACGAAUACCUAUCUUCUUCUUCCUCCUUCUCGCCCUCCUCCCGGGCCUCAUGUACUGAUGUCGGCUUAUGCUCGGCCGGUGAGUAGGUAGGCAAUAUAGAAAAUCAAGGGCGUCGGUCCCUGACUGAGGAACUGAUGCUUUGCCCCUGCUGGUACAAUUACCAUAUCGCCUGCUUUGACCGUCUAUUCCUUGCUUUCAACCUGGGCGGGGCCGACGCCCGAGGUAAAGGUGAGAAUUUGGUCCCAGGUAUGCAUCUGUUGCAUCCGUUAGAACUUAUUGGCCGUUCUAAUGGUAUAGCAUCAUACAACAUGUGAGAUGCUCAUCUCCUCACUAACAUCUCCACCCACGGGG